CAGGAUGCUGUGCCACGUUACGCUACGGUGCAUUUCGUUCAAAAUCCAGUUCAGUGUCAUUUUUGGUAUGGGAGCCAGCAAAUGGCUGUUUUUAUCCAGAUUUCACAAGUGCUUUAAGUAGGACAAGCGAGACUAAUAUAGUGCACUUCUAGGGACAGUAUUCCCUAGCCUCUUACAGCCACAGUAUAUCGCAGAAAGGUCACUAGACUUUGUCUGGGGACGCGUUGGUAACCGUGCAAUAUGCUAAAGAGGCUAGUUUUUUGUGUACGCUAAAAAAAAUUAUGAGAAGGAAAACAACUGCCAAGCGAGUUCUCGACCGCGAACACGAAGAUGAACGAGAAGAGGAUCACAUCGACGAAUGCAAAUCGCAAAGCGAUGUCUUAUGUCAUGGGCUGCAGAAAAGAAGAAAGCGUAUAUACUCCACAAAAGAGAGCGCAGAGGAGAAUUCGCCACCAGCCGCUGGCUUCCUGAAGUUCAAAACGAGGGCCUUUGGGCUCGAGGGCCCAGGUGUGGAGCACUUGGUCGAUGGCGAUUCUGCCCCCCAGGAAGUGGACUGUCUGCAGUUGCGCUCGAAGGCGGAGCUCGUUGCCAUGGUGCUGUGUAUGCAGAAGGAGAUGGAGAGUCUCCGGGAACAGAUUCGAUGUCUCACAGCGUGCGGAAAGCUGGCCCGGACGCUGGAGGCCCUGGUCGAGAGGACCCGGCUGUGGACCGACGGCGACCGCGGGACUCCGUCUCCCAGCAUGCACGGCGUGAUGGUCGAGGACGACGACCUGCUGGCGGCGGUGCUGAAUGGCCAGUGGGCGAAGGAGGAGGGGGGCUCCUCCCCAAACAUCCAGCCGGAACUCCACAACGGCCCCCAGAAGAACGGGCAGCCCGUCUUCCAAGAGUUCAUCUCCCCGGAGCUGCUGGACCGCUGCAACACCGGCACCACGGCCCAGAAGCUGACCAACGACCUGCUGCGCGGCCUGUACGAGCGCGACUGCCUGGCCUCCCACUCCAUCUCCGGCAUCGUCUACAACAAGCGCGGCCAGCCCAAACCGGCCCUGCCCAGCGAGGAGGUGCAGGCCAUCCUGAGAGCGGUGCAGCACUACUUCCCGGGGAAGACGGACGCGGAGAUCAAGGGCUACAUCCGGCAGAAGCUGCAGAACGAGGCCAAGCGGCUGAGGAAGAAGCCACACCUCCUGGCCAAGGCCGGGGAGGGCGCGCCGUCCAAUGAGGCGGCCCCGUUGCCGCACAGGGGCGGAGCGUCGCUACGGCAACCCGCGCAGACCUCCGGCAGCGCCGUGGCGACGGGCCCGGCCCCCCCAUUAGACCCCCCCUCUCGCCGCUGCGCGGACAGUCUCGCGGACGCCGUGAAGAGGUGAAGUCCGGUUUCACCGCCGCGGGAAACGCCAGGGUUUCAGUGACCCGACGGGUCCCGUUUCAUCGAGCCAAGCUUCUGCUCAACUUAAUGUAGAUGAUGAGCCCC